UGGCUCAACAGCGGGCACCGCGUCAUCUGGCAAGGCAGUGGGCUCCGAAUCAACAGGCACGACAGUGGGCACCGGGUCAUCAGGUACCGGAUUGUCUGGCUCGACAGCGGGCACUGGGUCACCAGGCAUCAGGCAGUGGGCACCGGGUCACCAGGCAUUGGAUCGUCUGGCUCGACAGCGGGCAUCGGGUCACCAGGUAUGACAGCGGGCACUGGGUCACCAGGCAUCAGGUCAUUUGGCUCGCCAGCGGGCACCGCGUCAUCUGGCAAGGCAGUGGGCACCCGAGUCACCAGGUACGACAGAUGGGGCUCUGAGUCAAUUGGCACGACAGCGAUCGGCACCGGAUCAGGUACCGGAUCAUCUGGAUCAACAGCGGGCAUCGAGUCAACUGGCCUAAUAGGAUCAUCAGGCUGGAUAUCAGUUCAUCAUGCUGGGUAGAGGCAUCAGGCUGAAUGCCGGCGUCCGGCUGAGUAGAGGCUUCAGGCUGAACCACGGAAGGCAGGUUCACCAGUUUUGGAUACUGGCAGGA